AGUCCCCUCCCCCAGCCCAAAAUGCACAGGGUCGGGCUGCAUGCCUUCUGCCCUCCCUCCCGAGCUAAAGCACCACCCAAUUUCCUUCGGAGCUGAUUAAUAGGCGCAGCACGCUCUCCGCUAUUCGCUCAAGAAGAGGCGGCGCCACUUUAUCUGCAUAUUCAUGAGGAGCUUAUUUAUUAUUCACGAGCUUUCGCGGGCUUUUGGCCACGUGACUCCAUUUCGCGCGGAAUUCGGGCUGCGUCCGGCGCUGUGAGCAGGAAAGGGGGAGCGGUGAAGUCUCGGUAGAAGCGGCAGAGAUGGCGGAUUCCUCAGAGUCCAAUGUGGCAACCAGCCCUGCACGCAGCUCUCGUAGGGGAGAAGCCUUCACUUCUAGUCCUGGGAGAGAUCUGCCCCCCUUUGAGGAUGAAUCUGAAGGACUCUUGGGAACAGACCAGCUCCCUGAUGAAGAGGAAGAUGGAGAAGAGCUGAUUGGAGAAGGGAUGGAAAGGGACUACCGCCCUAUUCCAGAGCUUGAUGUCUACGAACCUGAAGGCUUGGCUGUGGAUGAUGAAGAUCUGGAGGAACUGACUGCCAGCCAAAGGGAAGCAGCAGAGAGAGUGAUGAGGCAGAGGGACCGUGAGAUGGGCCGUGGCCUGGGCCGCAUGCACAGCGGCCUGCUUUAUGAUAGUGAUGAUGAAGAUGAGGAUCGUCCUUUGCGCAAGAGGCGCCUGGCUGAGCGAGCUGCCGAUGGCGAGGAUGAAGAUGAAGACAUGAUUGAGAGCAUUGAGAACCUGGAAGACAUGAAAGGGCACUCUGUGAGGGAGUGGGUGUCUAUGGUAGCUCCUCGGCUUGAGAUCUACCACCGCUUCAAGAACUUCCUGAAGACUCAUGUGGAUGACCAUGGCCACAAUGUCUUUAAGGAGAGGAUCAGUGACAUGUGCAAAGAGAACAGAGAGAGCCUGGUGGUGAAUUAUGAAGACUUGGCUGCUCGGGAGCACGUCCUUGCCUAUUUCCUUCCAGAAGCCCCAGCGGAAAUGUUGAAGAUAUUUGAUGAAGCGGCCAAGGAAGUGGUGCUAGCUAUGUACCCCAAAUAUGACCGGAUUGCCAAGGAAAUCCACGUCCGCAUCUCCCAUCUGCCUCUGGUGGAGGAGUUAAGAUCACUCAGGCAGCUGCACUUGAACCAGCUGAUCCGGACGAGUGGAGUUGUGACGAGCUGCACAGGGGUCCUGCCCCAGCUCAGCAUGGUCAAGUACAACUGCACCAAGUGUAGCUUCAUCCUAGGGCCUUUCACGCAGUCCCAGAACCAGGAAGUAAAGCCAGGAUCCUGCCCAGAGUGUCAGUCCGUGGGUCCCUUUGAAAUUAACAUGGAAGAGACGGUCUACCAGAACUACCAGCGCAUCAAAAUCCAGGAGAGCCCAGGGAAGGUGGCAGCGGGCAGGCUCCCUCGCUCCAAGGAUGCCAUCUUGCUUGCCGACCUAGUUGACAGCUGCAAGCCAGGAGAUGAGAUUGAGCUAACUGGAAUAUACCAUAAUAAUUAUGAUGGAUCUUUGAACACUGCCAAUGGGUUUCCCGUCUUUGCGACAGUGAUCCUGGCUAAUCACAUUGCCAAGAAGGAUAAUAAGGUGGCUGUUGGGGAGCUCACAGAUGAGGACAUGAAGGUCAUCGUAGGCCUGUCCAAGGAUGAGCAGAUUGGAGAGAAAAUCUUUGCCAGCAUUGCUCCUUCCAUCUAUGGACACGAAGACAUCAAAAGGGGCCUGGCUCUAGCCCUGUUCGGAGGAGAACCCAAAAAUCCAGGAGGAAAACAUAAGGUCCGUGGCGACAUCAACGUCUUGCUUUGCGGAGAUCCUGGAACGGCCAAGUCUCAGUUCCUCAAAUAUGUGGAGAAAGCGUCCAGCAGAGCGAUCUUCACCACUGGCCAGGGAGCUUCUGCAGUCGGUCUGACUGCUUAUGUGCAGAGGCACCCCGUGAGCAAGGAGUGGACCCUCGAGGCCGGAGCCCUUGUGCUGGCAGACAGGGGGGUUUGCUUGAUAGAUGAAUUUGACAAGAUGACUGAUCAGGACAGGACCAGCAUCCAUGAAGCCAUGGAGCAGCAGAGCAUCUCCAUCUCCAAGGCUGGCAUUGUCACAUCUCUGCAAGCUCGCUGCACCAUCAUUGCUGCCGCCAACCCCAUAGGUGGGCGCUAUGACCCUUCCUUGACUUUCUCAGAAAACGUGGAUCUGACUGAGCCCAUCAUAUCUCGGUUUGACAUCCUCUGUGUGGUCAGGGACACAGUGGAUCCUGUUCAGGACGAGAUGCUGGCUCGCUUUGUUGUCGGCAGUCACAUCAAACAUCACCCCAACAGCAAGGACGUUGCGAACGGAGACUCCCAAGAGAUUAUCCUCCCAAAUACUUACGGCGUAGAGCCCAUCCCACAGGAGAUCCUGAAGAAGUACAUUAUUUAUGCAAAGGAAAAAGUCCACCCAAAACUCAACCAGAUGGACCAGGACAAAGUUGCCAGGAUGUACAGUGAACUCAGGAAAGAAUCCAUGGCAACUGGAAGCAUCCCCAUCACCGUGCGCCACAUUGAGUCCAUGAUCCGGAUGGCUGAGGCCCAUGCCCGCAUGCACCUGCGGGACUACGUAGUGGAGGACGACGUCAACAUGGCCAUCCGGGUGAUGCUGGAGAGCUUCAUUGACACGCAGAAAUUUAGCGUCAUGAGGAGCAUGCGGAAGACUUUCUCCAGGUACCUCGCCUUCAAGCGAGAUAACAACGAGCUCUUGCUGUUCAUUUUGAAGCAGUUGGUGUCGGAACAGAUGAUGUACCAGAGGAAUCGCUACGGGGCUCAGCAAGAUACCAUUGAGGUGCCAGAGAAAGACUUAGUUGAUAAGGCCCGCCAGAUCAACAUCCACAACCUUUCUGCCUUCUACGACAGUGAAUUGUUCAAAAUGAACAGGUUCAGCCGCGACGUGAAGCGGAAACUGAUUGUGCAGGCAUUCUGAGGGCAGCAAAUUCCUGAGUGGCUCCGGAUAAUAAGAAUUUGGAACUGUGCUUCCUCCAGUGGUGCAGUGGAACACAGGCCGCUGUAAAGCAAGUAUCACAGGGAAGAUCUGGACAAUCUGCUACGAAGGGCUUGUGCAUAGAAUAGAUUGGAGCCAAAUACUCAAACUCCUGAGCUUGCUGGGUGAAAUGUUGCAGGAAUGGUUUCCUGCUGGUCCCUACGUUUUUGAAAUUUUGACUCCACUUGGGCAGGUUUUUCUUCUUCUUCAAAAUACCUUCCUAGAUUGAUUAAACUUUAUAGGGUAGGGGUAAGACUACAUUGGGAGAGCCACAGGCUAGCCACCUUGGUUGCAAGGUUCUGCCCUUCUGUAACUGGGAAUGACUUUGUUUAGGCUAUCCAAACAAGCAGAGGGGGAACGUAAGAUCAAGUUGUACUCCAUCUCUCUCCAUUUAUUAUACAGUCCAAAGCUGAGCUCACAAACCUUUCACACCUGGAAGAAAUGUGUUGUUUCUGCACAUGAAGAUGGCUCAUUAAUCUUCUGCAAGGUCGUGGUGUGUAGACCCCUCUUCGGACACGUGAAAACAAACGGGCAAAGCAUUUCCCCUCUUGAUUUGAACAUAUAGAUAAGUUUAUAAGUCUGUCGUUGAAUUAACAGUUCCCGUUCUAUUGUAUGUAUGAAAAGCUCAAGUGGUGUGUUCAGAGACAGAUUUAAAUUAGAACUUCUCCUCUUCAGACUGCAGUGUAUCUUGAAGUACUUCUUUCCUAUUUUUGUAAGGCUGCUAUGCAUUUGUCUAGCAGGAGGCAGGUUUUGUGAAGUUUGUUUUGAAAUGGAAAAUAAAAGGUUUAAAAACAGGCUUUUGCAUAUAAAAAGGGCCUUGCUUUCUGUAAGAGAAUAUUAAAUUCCUAAGUCCUUGUGCAUCAACUGCAUGUGCUGCUCUCCAUGGAACGAGAGAAUUUGCUGGUCUCUUGCCUCCUGAGCUUUCUGGCAAAUGCUUUAUCUGCCCACUCAGCCUGCCUGUGGCAAGCUUAGAGACCCUUAUUGUCACAUCAAAGACUGAAUUGGAGACAUUUAAGCAAGACAGAGCUGCACCUCCUUUGUCAUUGACUAGUGGCAAAAAAACAAACCCAACAACCACCACUUCACAGCUGGCUGACUUGCUCCCUAUUACAUUUUCAACACUAUGUAAUUUGGACUUCUUUAUUUAACCCCCUGAAUGUUUUUUUCUGGGUGUCUCAUUGCAUUACGUAAGGAUGUUUUGGAGCCAGUUUUAUAUCUGUUUUUGGCUGGAGGUUGCUCCUCUUCUUCCUUAGGUCAGCUCAUAGACAGCAAGUGCUUUUUAUUGUUCUCUUCCACCAUAUUUUUAGUGCACCGAAUGAAAAUGUUAAAGAGCAGAGCACUAGUCUGUGAAAGUUCAAACCUAGGCCUCUUCCAGAAGCAAAUAUACUUCUAGAAGAAUAACAGGGAUGUGCUAUAAGCCAAUUUUUCAGUGCCUGACUUUUACAUAUCCUAAGCUUUUUAAGACAGGACAAAUCUAAAUACAUUGAUGGCUGUGGGGCUUCUGUACCAUACUUAGUUCUGGCAAUACUGAUAGUAACUGGAGCAGGCACCCCCAAACUGCGGCCCUCCAGAUGUUUUGGCCUACAACUCCCAUGAUCCCUAGCUAACAGGACCAGU